ACAAAGAUUUGAUUUCUUAAAAAGUUUAUGUAUGUAAUGAUACGAAUAGUUUUUCAGUACAGUAUAAUUUUGAUUUUGAUGGCCGAGACAACCGCCCUGGGUUCCAUAAAUCUGAGAGUCUUUUAUACGAGUAUGAGUGUGACGCUGUCCACUUUUGUUGAGAAUGUUUCGUUGUCAUGUUGUGAAUGUUUGUUUUGUUGAGUUUCGUUGCGAGAUUUAAAAAUCAGAAACUCGUAGUUCUUGACGCUUUACAUCUACUUGGUCGGUUGAAACCUGAAUUUUGUGAAAUGGAAACCGUGGACUAGAGUAGUACGUGUAUUAAAUAACUGAAUAUUUGGCUCGUGAAGCUUCUACCACAGCGCUCAGUGACGAGGGUUAUUCUUGAUCAGGACUGUAUUGAUAAUGCCUCGUCGUUUUGAAAGCCCUCCUGACAGUGAGGAUGAAGGUGACGCUAACGUCGCCAACGACACAACCGAACAGCCCAAAGAUGUGGACGAGAGUGCAGACAAGCCAGUGACGCACGAUCGCGCAGGCUCUGAGGCAGCGAAACCUGUGAUUGCACAGACCACAACCGAAGGUGGAUCCGACGGUGACGAUUCGGACGCCGAGCUACUGGUGGAGUUGACACCUCCUGACGUGGAUCCUGCCAAAUUCGAUUUUGGCAUUGAGAUCCCCGAAUACCGUCCGCACAAACCGCUGAAUCUCGCGGAAUCUCCUUCGCGUCUCUGUAUCAAAGCCAUCAUUACUGAGAACUUCAAAUCCUUCUACGGAAAGAAAUUCCUCGGACCGUUUGAUCAGAAAUUCACGGCCAUUGUCGGACCGAACGGCUGCGGAAAAUCCAACACCAUUGACGCACUGCUCUUCGUCUUCGGUUUUCCAUCGCGACGCUUACGUGCGCAGAAACUGCAGGAGUUGAUCCAUGUAUCGGGCAGCCACCCGGAGUGUCGGUCCGCCAGUGUAUCGGUAUACUUUGCCAUGGUGCAGCGUCCGACCGAUAAUCAGCCGCCAGUGCCCAACUGUGCGGUGGAGUUCAGUAUUACGCGUAUGGUGCGCCGCAGCGGCGAGUCGGUGUAUUAUGUGGACAAGAAUAAAGCCACGCGGGUGGAUGUGGUGGACCGGUUGAAGGAGUACGGUGUGGACUUGGAUCAUAAUCGCUUUUUGAUUCUCCAGGGCGAAGUCGAGCAGAUCUCCAUGAUGAAACCGACGGCCAAGUCGGAACAUGAGGAAGGGAUGUUGGAAUAUCUGGAGGAUAUUAUCGGGUCAAAUCGCUACAAGGAACCGAUUACCAAGUUCGAAGAGGAAAUCGCUCGGUUGAAUGAUGAGAUUGAAAAGUCGGACAGUGUACAGCAUACUUUGAGGAGAGAUAUGAACGGAAUGCGAUCCGAAAAGAAAAAAGCGGAGAAAUAUUUACAGGAAGAAGGUAAUGCAAGCCGAUUGGAGCACAUCCUUCUGCAAGUGCGCAUUCACACCCUGCGGAAUGGUUUAAACGAACUGAUGGAGGAAAUUGCCACGCGAACCAAAGAUAUCCAGGAGAAACGCGAGGAACUGUCUGCCCUUAAGGCUAAAGAAAAAUCGUGGCUGGAUGGGCAGUCUGCUGUUAAUAAACAGCUGAAAGAGUUGCGUGUUUCCGAAGAUGCUGCUGUGAAGGAACACCAGCGCUUGGAAACGGAGAAAACCAAAAUUGGACAAGAACUAUCAGCCCGCAGAAAAGCCGCCACGCGGUUAGAAGAUGAGUUGCGUAAUUUGCGGCAUGAUAUCGAUGAACUGAAGCAGAAGAUCGAAGAGGAUGGCGAAACACUGGAGCAGAAAAAGGAGGCGGAAACAAGUCUGGAUGAAAAGAUCACAGAAGAAAGUGCCAAUUUCGCUGCUGCGCAGGAACAAGUUGCAUCGGUGGUAGGGAAGUAUCGUAAACAGAAGGAAGAACUGGACCAAUCAAAGCGAGCUGUCGAGCAGGAGCUGCAUGCUUCCAAUCUGCAGUUGGAUGGGAAACAAAAUGAACUAAAUUUGGUGCGUUCGGAAGCCAUUGCCGCCGAGAAACGGGUGACGGAUAUUACGAGCCGGCUGGAUGCAGCGAAUAAUAUUGUCAACCAGAUGGAUGAGCAAAUCAGACUCGAUCAAACGAGGCUGCAAGAUGUGAAACGGGAGUUAGCGGAUGUCACAACCAAAUCUGCGGCCAUUUCUGCUAAGAAAGCAACCAUCCAGUCAAACCUCAGUAAGAAUCGGGAGAGUCUGAACGCUUUACAGAUGGUUCAACAACGGGAAAGCCAAGCACGCAGUCGGGAUCAUGCCAUUAAUGAUCUGAUGCAAUGCAAGAGAAACAACUCCAUACCCGGAAUACUGGGACGGUUGGGGGAUUUGGGAGCGGUUGAUAAAAAGUAUGAAGUCGCUGUAUCGGCGAUCGGUGGACGGAGCCUCGAUAUGGUUGUUGUGGAUACGGUGCAGACCAGUAAAGCAUGCAUUGAGAGGCUGAAAGCCAGUGGUAAGGGACGCGCAUCCAUUAUGGUACUGGAGCAAAUACGCAAGAGGAUCUCCGUGAAUGCGAUGGAUGGCCGGACUGAAUAUCCGGAAGGAUGUCCGCGGUUGAUUGAUCUGAUUCGCCUUGAGGAUCAGUCAGUCAAACCGGCUUUUUAUUACAUUUUAAGAGAUUGUCUGGCGUCGGAGAAUUUGGACCAAGCCACACGCGUGGCCAACCGUGGGCAUACACGACAUAAAGUGGUUACGCUUCGCGGUGAAGUAAUCGACACAAGCGGUGCGAUGACCGGAGGUGGAAGCGCCAGCGACAUUGAUGUCCGAAUAGGACAGCAAGUGGUAGCACAUGCUUCGCCCUCCUCGGCUCGUAAUCAAAAUGAAAUCAACGCCCUGGAGGAAGCUGCCAGAUUACUAAAUACCGAACUCUCUGAAGUUGUCCAAGAAUUUAAUGAUGCCUCUGUUCGGAUUCCCUCGCUACAACGCGAAGAAUCGGAUCUGACCUCCAGAUUGCGGGUUAAUUCCCGGCAAUUAGAAAUUAAUAAAACAUUAUCGAAAUCGCUCCCAAACGAACUGUCACAUGCUGAAGCCGCGCUUUCCGAUUGUCGUGUGGAUGCACGCAAGGAAAAUGAGUUAAAUGAAGCCAUUGAAGAGUUGCAGCAAACCAUCAGUGAAAUUGAAUCGCGCCGCGAUGAACUGACACAAAAGAUCGCUGACAUUGACAGCCAGAUUUGGGAAAAACGGGGCGAGAAGGUGAAGGAAUCGGAGAGCAAGCUCAAGAAAUACCGUAGGAAAUUGGCGGAAACCAAGGCGGAAAUCACCCGGCUCACCAGUGCCGUAAGUACCAACGAACGUGCCAUUGUGUCUAAGCAGGGACAGAUCGGCCGGAAGGAAACGCAGUUUGCCGAUGCCACUGCUAAAGUUGCUGCACUCGAAACGGAUCAGAAAGAAAGCGAACAGCGGAUGUCCGCAGCAGCUGAGGUCUUGGUCAACGUCCGCAAUGAACUGCGUGAUGCACAGAGAAGUUUUGAACACAUGAAGGCCAAAAUGGAAGGCGUCCAGGAGGAAGUCGAAGCUCUUCAGAACGAGAUGAACAGCAUGGAAGCAGAAUUGAAGGAACAUGAAAAAGCUGCUAACAGUGCGCAGAAGCGGCUUGAAGAAAUGGAACCCAAGAUGGCAGGAAUUGUCGAAUACUGUAAUGGUCGUGAAUUUGCCAAACCUGUUGAGUUUAAAACUCUUACAGCAGAAGAAAUUGGAGAGCAGGACAAGGAUGAACUAAAAACAGAAAUUGCUGAAGUUAAGAAGCGCUUAGAAGGGAUGCAGGUCAAUCUGACUAUUCUGAAGGAUCAUGCCGCUGCGAAGAAGAAAGUCGACGAGCAUUUCACGAUACACAUGGAAUUGAAGCAACGACAUCAUGCCGCUACGUCUCUACACAAGGAACUGUGUGAGCGACGGAAAAAUGAAUUUAUGCGCUCUUUUGAUCUUAUUCGGAAGAAGUUGAAAGAAACGUAUCACAUGUUAACCUGCGGUGGAGAUGCCGAACUGGAGAUAUGCAACCAGCUGAAGCUGUUCAGUGAGGGCAUUGACUUCAACGUGCGACCACCAAAUAAAUCCUGGAAAAGUAUUAGCAAUUUAUCGGGAGGAGAGAAGACGCUGAGCUCUUUGUCGCUCAUUUUUGCACUGCAUCAUUACAAGCCCACACCGUUUUAUAUUAUGGAUGAAAUCGACGCUGCGUUGGACUAUCGAAACGUGACUAUAGCUGGGAAUUAUGUAAAGAACCGCGCAUUUGAUGCCCAGUUCAUCAUCGUCAGCCUGCGCCCUAACAUGUAUCAACAGGCAGCUCGUCAUCUGGGCAUCUUUAAAAUUGACGACUCCACACAGAUUUCAAUGUUGUCCAGUGACGCCUACAAGAAUCUCACGGUACGUCCGACCGGCACUGAACGGAAGUAUCAAAAGCGACACCGUAACGGCCGCGAGAAAGAAGUGGAUCACGCUUCCGCUAUGUUUGAUCAAAUUGUAGCGUCACUUUUCGACUUGUCCAUGGAGACAGCCACUGCAGCGCAAAGUGGACCGAAGCGAACGGCAGCGGCCGCCGGAAUAGAUGCUGAUAAUUAAUGUCAGAUUUUGUACGUUUGUAAUUUAGCGGACGUAUUCGGAUAAAUUGCGGUGUAGUUGUACAUAUUGGUUUUCUAACCGGCGGUGUACACAUUUUUUUGGUUUUUUUUUACUUGUUUUUAUUUGGCCUCAGUAAUUCUGGUUCUUGUAGUAAUGUGUCCUACGAUACAACUGGUGAGCAUAGGGAAGGUCGUUUAUUAAAACCAGCGGUACA